AUGCUUCAUUUUCGGACACAGGGCUGUAAUGGCUCUGCAGUGAAGUAUUCCCCAUUUUUUGACAAUCGGCUUGCCAUAUCGAGUUCAGCAAACUAUGGUCUCGUUGGAAAUGGGCGACUCUGGAUUUUAGAGCUCACGCCUAACGGAAUUCAGCCUAUGAAAGAUUUCACAACACAAGACUGUCUUUAUGAUCUAGCUUGGUCGGAACUUCAUGAGAACCAGGUUCUCACAGCUUCUGGAGACGGCAGCAUUAAGCUAUUUGAUUGCACUGCCAAUGAUUUCCCAAUUCAAAACUGGAAAGAGCAUGGUCGCGAGGUUUUCAGUGUCAACUGGAAUCUAGUCACCAAAGAUCGCUUUUGCUCCAGCAGUUGGGAUGGUACUGUUCGUGUCUGGUCACCACAUCGUCAACAGUCUCUUCUUACCCUCCCUACCCAUUCCUGUACCUAUUCCGCCGCUUUCAGCCCACACAGUCCUGACCUGAUCUCCUGCGUCUCCUCCGAUUCAUAUGUUCGCCUCUUCGACCUUCGCACUCCUGCCUCUGCAUCUAACCACCUCGUCGCCCAAAUUCCGAUUCACGCUGCGCCUACUGUCCCUGCAAUUCCGGGUCAGCCUGGUAUUAUUCCACCCGCCGCCCCACCCGCCGAAGCAUUGACCCAUGACUGGAAUAAAUACCGCUCCACAGUUCUGGCAACAGCCGGCGUGGAUCGCGCAAUCCGAACAUUUGAUAUUCGUGCUCCCCAGCAAGGACCGUUGGCUACAAUGAUAGGCCAUGAAUAUGCAGUGCGCAAAUUGGCUUGGUCACCACACCUUUCGGAUGUCCUUCUAAGUGCGAGUUAUGACAUGACUUGCCGUGUAUGGACCGAUCAGUCAAAUAUAGGGCUUGGGAAUGGGAAUAUGGAUCUGAUGCGCUCUGGGCCAGCGGGUCCAUCUGUCGGGAUGGAACUGGGCCGGAUGGGCAGACAUUCUGAAUUUGUUACUGGUGUUGAUUGGUGUCUGUUCGGAAAUGAGGGUUGGUGUGCCAGUGUCGGCUGGGAUGAGAAUCUUUACGUGUGGGAUGUGCGAGGUGUCAUGUCCUGA